GCAAGCCGGCUGGGGCAGAGGAUUGGCAGUUCCGGGGCUCGCAAGCGAUUUCUCCCGGGGAACUGUGGCUGUGAUCCAGGCGACCCGAGCCAGCUUGGGGCUACGAGCGGCACGCCUUGGGCAACCAGAGCACCCAUAAUGGGCACCCCAGCCUCUGUGGUAAGUGAACCACCCACUUGGCAGGCCCCCACUGAGGCCCGGGGCCGCAAGCAGGCAUCUGCCAACAUCUUCCAGGAUGCUGAGCUCCUGCAAAUCCAGAGCCUGUUUCAGCGCAGCGGGGACCAGCUGGCUGAGGAGCGGGCCCAGAUCAUCUGGGAGUGUGCUGGGGACCACCGUGUGGCAGAGGCCCUGAGGAGGCUACGCAGGAAGAGGACCCCAAAGCAGAAUGUCCUGGGCCACUCACUCCACCACUGCAGCCGGCUCAGAGUUCCAGAGCCUAGCACUCCACUGACCAACCCACACAGCAUGUCUACUGAGACAACCUCCAGUGAGCAGUUUGGCAAGUCCCAGAGAACAAGCACCAGGAUCCGCCGGAAUUGGAGGAAGCCAGACCCCACAGGCUACCUUCACCAGAUCAGACACUGAUCACUGGGAGGUGCCAGGAAUGGCAGCAUCCUCCACAGGAGUCACAGGAACUUUGGCCUAAAGGCCUCAGGAGGUGAAGGGAGACCUGAGGCAAGAAGUCCUUUCUGGGUAAAUGAAGCAGGUGACCACUGCCACCACCUGCUCAGCUCAGAAUAAGUCCACUGGACUUUG